AGCACAUCUUAUUCGCAGACUGGAAAAGAAAAUUUUCGUGGGUGUGUUUUCUAUUUGGUCGCCUUAAGACUACAUACAUAUGCAGGUUGAAAGUUGUUUGGCUUGUGUUUAACAACUUAUGAACCACAAAUGAUAAAUGUUUCAACGCAGCGGAGGAAAUGCAUCAUUUCGCAUCGCAACAAACCAUCAAUUUCCACCAGGAACUGCUGCAUCCCUUAUUGGCAUCGGGAUGCCGGAGCCUCAAAAUCCACCCACAGCCGCAGGAAGAGCAACGUUCAGCAAAAAGUUACUACUAACAUUGUUGGUGCUAGUUCAAGUAUGCUUCAUUUCGUGUCUGUGGUUAUUGCAGGCAGGCGGAAGCAUUAAAACCAGAAUUAAUCAGAUAACAAUACUGAAUGAUGGCGAUACCAAUGUUUUAGCUGUUAUGCCUCGCGCUGCAGCAUUGCAUAAUAUAAGACGAGUCAAUUUUAUAACAAAAACCAAAGCGUUUGGCUUGGCCAAUAGUGCACCACAUAAAAGCACAAUACUCAAGUAUGAUAUUCCGCCAGCUGUAAUGGGAAAUGGUCAAUCAGGGAAGGCGAACAAUUUUAGAAAAGACUUUUACCGCAAAACAAUCAGACUGAAUAAAUCUAUAGACCUUAUAAAUAAAACUGGGCUAGUGGCUGAGCAGGAUCACGAAGUUUUCUGGUGCUUCCGUGAGGGCAGCUUUGACGAAUACUCUACGCGGCCGAAUGGUGAUACAUCACAAAGUGACGAACUAUUUAGGGGAGAGGAGGACACAGAAUGCAAGUGCCGCACCGGUUGGCAUGGGCGCGACUGUGGCCAACCGGAGAUAAUAUGGCGUGCGCUCCUAAAGGCAAAAUCACAAGUACGACUGCGUAAACCAAGCGAUACAGUAGACUCGAAUCAGUUAGUUUAUUUCCUUGAAGGCAAUUUCUUCAAUUUAGAUUUGUUAGAUUUACAAAUAAGUGCACUCACCGAUAUAGUAGAUUUUUUUAUAAUAUUUGUUAAGCAAACUCACGGCAACUUAAAGCCAUUAAAACAUUGUUUAAAAGAAAAGCUGGCAGCAAGCAAAUAUCUACUUUUCUUAUGUGACAAUCAAUAUUUAACAAAAAAUGGCAAUUGCACGACUGAAAAGGCGUAUGAAUACUUUCGUCAGCAAAUGGGACUAAAGCAGCUACCAUUGGUAGUAAAGCCAACGGAUUUGCUGCUUUAUACUAAUGAUCGUGUGUUGCCAUCCCGACAGGCGCUGCAAUUCCUUAAAUAUUAUGCAACGGAUGUGCGUAGUAUUCCUUUUCGGCUGAAGUAUGCCGUUUAUGGGUUCUAUUGGCAACAUCCCGAGCAAACUCAGCUAAAUGGUUUUGUAAGUUCCUUUGUCCACGUGGACAAGACGAGCGUCAAUGGCAGAGAUCCAUCAAAAAUAAUGCAACGAAUUGUUAAAGAAAGCACUCAGCCGCCACUUUUUGUUAUCGGAGAUCUUAACCAUUUUGGUGGGUGGCUAUGCAAAUACUGCCAGCAGCCAGAAGAAAUAGUCGCCGAAUUGCACGCGGAGUCAAAGUUCUCAAGCCAAGUGCAAUUUCCUAAUGCGGUACUCAAUAUUGACGUGGCUUAUUUGCAAAAGCUUAUUGCCACCGGAAUAUAUGUUGAUGGGAAGACGCAACUGUUGCGCAUUCGUCGGUAUUCGGAUAAAUACUACUCCCCCGCAAUAGCAGAAGCAGAAAAGGCGAAGUAUGGAAAUCUGCUCGUAAAUUUAUAUGAGUCCUUUGAUGACGAGAUUGAGUAUGAGGCUAGGGAUUAUUAAUUAACAAAGCCGUAGAGCGGAGCUCAUGCGAUCAACUAUAACUAAAUUUCUACAUAUUCUUCUAUAAGCAUAUACAUGCCGGGCUCAUUGAAGCUAAUGUUAAAGACACCACUAUUUGUUUUCCCAAAAAAAAAAAUCGUAUUUUUGGGGUAGCAAAAGCUCUAUCACGGAUGCAUACGAAGUUACUUAUGUGUAUGUAUGUACUAUAUAGAUAUUGUGCCUAAAUAAUUUUUAAAUUGAAAAAUAUGCAGAAUAUUCUUUGCAAAUGAAAUAAAAAUACGCCAAUUAAAACGAAGUUAAAAUACGCCCAAACCAUAAUAAAAAUGUGCAUUAAAUAAAGUAUAUAUGUAUAUGUGUGUAGUUUUGAUGUCACCACUGAUUAAACUUAUUUAGAUAAAUGUUUAAGUCUUGUAAAAAAAAGUCGCAAAUUGAGUAAAAAAGUUAAAGCUGUCGAAAAACAAAUACAUAUAUAUAUAUAUAUACGUCUAUACAUAUUUAUAUUUACGAUGUCCUUAAUUAAAGCAGUGUAUAUUGAAUAACACAAACACGAGCGAUACAUUUUUUUUCUUAAAAAAAUUCAACCAAUGCAACUAUUUUCUCUAGGUGCCACAACUACAUAUCGUAUCAUAUUUGAAAGAAAAUGUAACUAGAAAUUUAAUUGAGAAAUGUGUAAAUUUUACGUGCGUUCCAUAUUAGAAUCUUACAUUUAACGAAAAAUUAUUUAUGUAUGUAGAGUUGAUUUCAGUUCAAAGCUGCUGUGAUAGAGUUAUUGGGAUCAAACUCCUACGUGAGGAGUGAUAUUUGUGUAUAUUUUUCAAAAACAUAUACAUAUGUAUGUACAUAUGUUAAUUAUAUUUUGUAAAGUAUGUGUUUAAGAAUGUAAACCCAUGAAUUUGUUUCAUCGUUUAAAGUACAAAACCGCGUACCGUCAUUCUGCAAAACCGCGUAACUGACAUUUGCUGCCAAAAAUUGGAUUUGCUCACUCGAGCUCUUGG